AUGGCGGCCCCCGAGGCCGGCAGCACAGGUGGGGUGAUCAGCUACGUGGGCUCCAGCGGCGCCUCUCCCACCCGCACCAGCCCCGUGUCCCUCUGCAGCGACAGCUCCAACGGGAGCUCCCAGUCGGGCUCGCAGCCCUUCCCCACCUACUUCCCACCGUCGCCCACCGGCUCCCUCCAGGAUUCCCGCGCCUAUGGCGGAGCCACGCUGGCCCCCCAUGAAGACGGCUCCCCUUCCUCCUCCUCGUCAUCCUCUUCCUCCUCCUCCUCUUCCUCGUUCAGUUCCUCGGUGAAUUUCCCCGGGGUGCAGCCGGUCCCCGCGGACGAGCGGCGCCGCAGCUCGCCGAGCAAAGCCGGCAGCACCGUCACCAAGCUGAACGGGAUGGUGCUGCUCUGCAAAGUCUGCGGGGACGUCGCCUCCGGCUUCCACUACGGCGUCCACGCCUGCGAGGGCUGCAAGGGCUUCUUCCGCCGCAGCAUCCAGCAGAACAUCCAGUACAAGAAGUGCCUCAAGAACGAGAAUUGCUCUAUCGUCCGCAUCAACCGCAACCGCUGCCAGCAAUGCCGCUUCAAGAAGUGCCUGCUGGUCGGCAUGUCCCGUGAUGCCGUGCGCUUCGGGCGCAUCCCCAAGCGGGAGAAGCAGCGGAUGCUGGCGGAGAUGCAGAGCGCCAUGGGCGGCAUGGCCAGCGCCCCACCGCCGAUGCCGGGGCCCGGCGAGGGUCCCGCCGCGGGCGGGGGGCACGCAGCGCCCCCCGGCCCCCCGCCGCUCGCCCCCCCCGCCUGCUUCUCCCAGUUCCCCCAGCAGCUGACGCCGCCCCGCUCGCCCAGCCCCGGCGGGGCCACCGAGGAUGUCAUCGCGCAGGUGGCCAAGGCGCACAAGGAGAUCUUCAUCUACGCGCACGACAAGCUGGGACCCCCUCCCGCCUGCGACAGCGGCCUCCUGCGCUGGGACGCGCCCCCCGCCUGGGCCCCCGGCCCCCCCGAGCCCCGGCUGUGCCCCGCCGCCUACCCCGAGCCCCCGGCCCCGCGGGGGUGCCCCUGGCCCCGCGGCCCCAAGGACGUCCUGCCGGCGUGCCCCAUGAACAGCCACGUGCCCGGGCGCAGCGGGCGCUCCGUGCAGGAGAUCUGGGAGGAUUUCUCCCUCAGCUUCACCCCCGCCGUCCGCGAGGUCGUGGAGUUCGCCAAGCACAUUCCCGGCUUCCAGGCGCUCUCCCAGCACGACCAGGUCACCUUGCUCAAGGCUGGCACCUUUGAGGUGCUGAUGGUUCGUUUUGCGUCGCUCUUCGACGUGAAGGAGCAGACGGUGACGUUCAUGAGCCGCACGCGGUACGGGCUGGAGGAGCUGUGGGCCAUGGGCAUGGGAGACCUGCUGGGGGCCAUGUUCGACUUCAGCGAGAAGCUCAGCGCCCUCGAGCUCAGUGACGAGGAGCUGGGGCUCUUCACUGCCGUUGUCCUGGUCUCAGCAGACCGCUCGGGCAUGGAGGACACGGCAUCGGUGGAGCAGCUGCAGGAGACGCUGCUGCGGGCCCUGCGCGCCCUCGUGCUGAAGACGCGCCCGGCCGAGACCUCGCGUUUCACCAAACUGCUGCUGAAGCUGCCGGACCUGCGCACCCUCAACAACCUCCACUCCGAGAAGCUGCUCUCCUUCCGCAUCGACGCCCAGUAGUGCCCCCCCGGAUCCCCCUCCCG